UGCUUCACAAUAUAUGAACCGGAUGUGACGUUUUGAGCCCAACCAGCUCAGCGGCGCGGCAAACUUAACUAACAGAGAAAAACAGAGAAACUGAGAGGAUUCUUCUGUCUUUUCCUCCGACAGAAUGAGCAAAAAGGACUCUGGAUGUGUUGAUGUUAUUCUUGCGUACUUGAACGAGAAGAACCGACCCUACAGUGCCCAGGAUGUGUUUGGUAACCUACAGAAACAACAUGGCCUUGGAAAAACGGCAGUGGUUAAGGCCAUGGAACAGCUAGCCCAGGAGGGCAAAAUCAGAGAGAAGGUCUACGGCAAGCAGAAGAUCUACUUUGCUGAUCAGUCUCAGUUUGCCGAUGUGAGUGAUGCUGAACUGAAGGAGAUGGACAGUCGCAUCACCGAACUUAACAACCAAGUGCAGGCAGUUUCCCAUAGUUGCAGGCAGCUUGAUACAGAACUAAAGGAGCUGAACAGCAUGUUGACCACAGCAGAGAUGACCUCACAGAUCCAGGAGCUUAAGGCAGAGUGUGAAGGCUAUAAAGAACGUUUAAAGAAAAUCAAAUCAGCUACAAAUCAUGUCACACCUGAGGAGAGAGAGAAGGUGUACAAGGAGAGAAUCCUGUAUGUAAAGGAGUGGAAGAAAAGAAAGAGACUGGCAUCUGAUAUGAUGGGAGCCAUUCUUGAAGGGUAUCCAAAGAGCAAAAAGCAGUUCCUGGAGGAGGUUGGAGUUGAAACAGAUGAAGACCACAAAGUGACUGUUCCUAACAUCUGAUGCUGAUCUCCAGUACCUGCUGUUUUGACUGGGUAACCAUGGACUCUGGUUGCCAGGGCACCAGCAAGGCAGUGGAAAAAAUAAGGUGCCUGGGACUGAGGGAGGGUAGAUGGUGUACUUGCCAUACUGAUAUACUGGGCCACAAUGUUGUAGAAAAGUGCUGCAUAGUUAUUUGAAUCAAAUGUGCACAGCUAAAUGCAAAUGUCCACAUGACUAAAAUACAGAACAGUGCAUUAAAUGUACAACAUGUAGUAUUCUCCUUUAGGUCUGUUUACUUCAGUACUACUGGAAUUUUACAGAUCACAAACUGGUUUAUAUGUUUAAAACAUGCUGAGAUGUUAAAAAAAAAUCCCUAUUUUUGUGGAACAUUCAUUUAUUUAAACAUUUAUUGGACAGACAUUUUAUAGAAAAAAACUACCUAUUGUACCUUUAAUAUAACAAAAAAAAAAAAAAAAGGAAGUGAACUAAUGGCUGGUUUGAUUUCCUGGACAGGAAUUAAUCCUGUAAAUUAAUCCUGUUGUCUAGGACUAGAUUGUCUUUCCCCUGUCUGAGGAAAUCAGACCUAAAACACCUCUGUCGGGUAUUUUAUUAAUUUGGAAACAAUGUACACACUUGAAUUUCAGUGCUUUUUAAAGAAUAACAUUCAUGACCUGCAAAACUGUAAAUAAUGUACAUAACACAAGUUUAAAGUAAAAAAGAAAUGCACAGAACUGUAAAUAAGUUUAAACAUUAAACUUUAUUUUCUGAUUACAAACGUUUGCGUUUAUACAAAAUAUAUCUCUGGUCUAAAUCAGCAGAUAAAGUCUUUAGAACAGUGUCUUUUGUCUGUGUAAAGCCUAUGGUUCCUGCUGCAUCCCAUUAUGGCUAAAGACAAAGAGUCCCUUUUUCUUCCCCAAUAUGCAACAUCCAUCAGCCUAAUUAACCAUCACUCAUUAAAAACAACCAUGAAUACCUGAAUAUACAGCGGUUCAGUUUUCCUGAGAAGCCAAAAUUCUUCUUAUUAAGGUAAACAUUUGCUCACUUCAAUUAGUCUUUGAUAUAUAAUAUAUGAGUCAAAAGUCCCAGGACACCCUUUUAUUUUAGAAAUUAAACAUUACAUCUUAAAAUUAAAGAUGGUGGCCAUGUUCUGGGCAUAGCCUUACCCAGUGUUCACACUGGCAGGCGACAGGUGCCCAUUUAUUUAGUUUGGGAUGGCGUGAUUUGUAACUGCAAUACAGAAAGGGAGCAUCAAACAGGUGAGGUGGUUCUGAAGGUGACAGAAAAGGUAAAGAGCAGUUUGGAAAAGUAAAGCUUUGAUAUGUAGCUUGUCGAGACAACUUGUCACCUGCCAGUGUGAACACAGGGUAAAAUAUAAGCCCCCUCGUUUCUCACUCUCGAGUGGUCAAGCAGGUUAAGGCGCUGCCACUAUUAUCAGUUGAUCUCUGGUUCAUGUCCGGGUCAUGCAGCUCACCAUCAGCAGCUGGAGUCUGAGAGAGCACAAUUGAUCAUGCUUUCUCUGGGUGAGUAGAUGGCGCUCUCUCCCCACAACACUGUCUAGGUAAUGUUGGUCAGGACAGGCGUCUGUGAGCUGAUGUAUUGGAGCUGGGUCGUUGCGCUUUUCUCCAAGUUUGCUGUUUGCUACUUGGUAAUGCUGCAUCAGCAGUAGUUGGAAAACAGUUGGUGGCUGAUUUCACAUGUAUCAGAGGAGGCAUGUGCUAGUCUUUACCCUCCUAAUGCUGGAGUAUUGCCAGUGAAGGAGUGAGGUGGAGUUUCUCUUUUGUUUCUGAAAUAAAAGGGUGUUUCUGCGACUUUUGACUCACAUAAUACUUACUACUUUGAUUUUGGUUAUACAGACAACAAUUAAGCCCAGUAUUGGGUAGAAUUACCAUUUCCAUUUAAAGCUGAAUCUUAACCCUUUCAGACUCUGCAUCUAUUGCAAUGGACCUCGUGCAUUUUAUUUAUUUAUUUUUUUAAUGAUUUGUGGCACAGAUAACACAAAUUUAGAUCGGUUGUGUUGUCCUUCAAAAUAGAUCAUAAACCAGCCAAUGAAACAGUAGUUUAUCCUCACCCACUGCAAUGGAAAAAAUCUCAUUAAAGACAUUAGGGCAUAGCAUAACUAGAGCACACAAGGCAAUUUAAGGACUCAUUUUUUACUUUUUUUUAUCAUGUUUAGGGAUGGUCAGUAUCAAAUUGAAAAUAAAAUGUUAAACACGGGCUUCCAAUGUAAUGGACAUUACAAAAACACUUAAAUAUUUUAGUUUAUUGGCUUAAAAAUUCAUUUAGGUUUUGUGUUACAGUAGAUGAGCCUUGAUUUGUGUGCUUUACUGAGAGAAACAGCAUUCAUGUAUUAUUCAAUCACUGGAUUGUACUUCAGGUCUGAAGGGGUUAAUUCUUUUAGUCCAGGACUAGGCUUGAUGUUUUUGUCACUCACUCAAACAUUAAGAAACAUUUUAUUUAUUUAUUUUUUACUUUUUGACAUCAUGUGAAUCUGACAGUUAUGCUCUACUUUGUCAGAUUCUCUGUCUCAAAAUUAAAUGACCAAUAGAAAUGCUCCAAAAUUAAUUAUUUUAAGCCUUUUUACCUCAACUUUAAGGUCUGUAGAGUUGUUUUGGAGAUAUAAGAUGUUUCCAUGAGAGUGACGAUGUAUUGAAAAUUAGCAUAACAAAAGUAUAUGUUGUGUCUUUGUGCUGAAUUAAAUGAGUGAUAAAAAAAAACUUAACUGCUUAACUGGACAAAAUAAUAUUAAUAAAAAAACAUCAGUGUACAUUUAGGGGUUUACUGGUUCAUGUAUUUGUACUGAACCAGUUACAAUGAAUAAACAAAUAGGCUGGUUAAUUUGCAGCAUGCAAGUAGGACUGACAGGUCUGUCUUCUAUAGUUUUUUUUCUUAGUUCUUUCUUUUUUUCUGCAAUCUUUGAUCACAGCCCUAAAGAAUGAGCAGUCAUUUUCAAAAGUAUUUCAUUUCAGCUGAUGUGAAUCCAUUAACAACAACAACAACAAAACAAACAUUCAUAACAGGUAAAACUUCUUUACACUUUUAAACACAGCACUCAAGCAGAUGUAUGACUGAAAUUGUGCUUUGGGAUUUAAAUGAGGUAAGAGAAAGUGAUUGAUUGUGUAUAAUACACUAGUCUCCUGAAAAGAAGCUGGUGUGAGAGACUUCAGCUUUUAGCUGAAACAAACAUCCUGAUAGCUAGCAGAGGGUUUGAGUUCAGAGGUAAGCAAUAGACAAGAGAAACACGCACAUGCACUUCAAUACAAGCAAAUAGGCAGUCGCACACACACCUCAACAGGAGAUCCUGAACACUGAUGUUAUUAUUGCAUUGGUUUCAAAAGCACUAGAGAGGUGCGGAUAUAACAGGCACCCUGUGCAGCUGGGGUGGGUUUCUUUUUUGCACAAUAUAUGGCUUAUAGCUUAAUAUCUCAGCCCAGUUUACACUGAUAAGCUGGACGAGGCACAAAAUCCUUCUAUUAUUAUAAAGCUAUGCUUAUCUGUGACUCUGAGAGCUUAUUAACUGUAAAAGAAACUUAAAGCUGUGCUUUCCACCACCAAGCAUGUCAGGUUUGGCAUGGAUUAUGCCUUAUUGUGAUUUUACGUGUGUGUAUACAAUGAGGAUUCUCCAAAAAAUAAACCUUAAUAUGUGCUCAGAUAACUAACUCUACAAUAAAUAAAACGCAUAUGAAGAGUUUAGUUCCAAAAUGCAUUAAAGUCUUAUUACUCAAACCUAUAAACUCCAUUUAUUAUUUAGAAAGGUAUUUUUUCUGUAACAUGGGUGAAAAUCAGUGCCCAUAUUUAGCACCCAUUUCAGACUCUGAUUUUCA